AUGGAACUGGAAAAGGCAAGCUUAGGAAAGGAUGCCGAAAAAGAAAAGAGUGAUGCUAAGAAAGGACGGCAUCGUAGGAAACACAAGUUCAACUCCAUACGCGCGCAAAUGGAAUUUUAUUUCUCGGAUGCUAAUUUGACCAAAGAUCGAUAUUUGGGACAGCUAGUGCGGAAUGAUCCAUUCAUACCAUUGGAAGAGUUUCUAAAGUUUAACAAAAUCAAAGCGCUUACAACAAACGCAGAUGAUAUUGCAAAUUCUAUAAAGAAUUCCAAUUUGAUUGAGCUAUCCGAAGACCGCACUAAAGUGCGUCGUAAAACGGAGCUGACAGUCAAAGAAAAUUGUGAGGAAUGCACUAUUUAUGUAGAAAGCCUGCCGCCAAAAGCUAAUCACGACUGGGUGCGAAAUGUUUUCUCCGGUUACGGUAAAGUGGCGUAUGUAUCGCUGCCGAAAUUCAAGCAUUCUAGAAAAAUCAAAGAGUUCGGCUUUAUCGAAUUCGAGGAGGAAUCUAGCGUACAAAAAGCGCUAAAAGCAUUUGAAACAUUUGGUGGUGUAUUAGCGUAUGAAACGACCGAUCCUGCAAAGAUGGCGAGCAUAAAAACCUACGAACAGGAUAAGAACGAGCAAGAAGGGACCGAUAAUCCCGAACCAGAAAAACAAGAAACAUCAGAAGUCGAAGUGCAGCAAUUGGGGUCGCAAUCGAUUGUAUUGCCUUCUGCCUCAGAAAAUGAUCCGGAACAGGAUGAUGGAGGAGGUGAACCAGCGGCAAAGAGACAUAAAAUCGAGCCGGCAAGUGAAGACGAAGAAGAUACGCAAGACUUUCCUCAAAUAGACCAAGAGGAAAACGCGUGUGUAAAACAUGAAAACAAACUAGUUCCCGAGUCCACAAGCGAUGAUGAAGUUCAGGCCAAACAGAAUGAAAUUGUUGAUAAGAAUGAUGCAGCAAAUGAAAAGCUGGGAAGUACGGAACAGGAUCAUAUUACUGAGAUAGAUUUGGAAGGUGGAAGGAAAAAAUGUCGACAACGUAAAGGCUCCAGCAUUAUCAAAAAAGAGCUCCAGUUGGACGAUAAAGUUUAUGAGCUCAAAAUAAUGACCAAGAAAGAAUGGCGACGUUUGAGGAAUAAGUAUCUCAAUUUACAGAAGCAAGAAGCGAAGAAAUUAAAACGUUUGUUUGUGCAAACGGGAAAACACCACCAACGCCAUCCAAAAACGGUGGCUACUACUGUGACCGGUGGAAUAGCCAUGAAAUCGAUAAAAUCCUCUCCGAGGGUCAACUUUUAUGGAGCGAUGCCAAUUGAUGACGAACGUUCGGAAGAAAAUGAAGUGCACCUUCAUCAGCAGGAGCAAUCGGAAGAAAGCGCCGCACUUGCGAAAAAACCGUUGUUUUCUUUCGAACCGGGGCUAAUAGUAAGUGUUAAGUUCCGGGAACCGUGCGUGGACGUGAAGGACUUUCGAUCUGAACUACGUCAGUAUUCUUACGUAAAGUACAUCGACGUGAAGGAAGGCGAAUUCGAAGCGUUUGUUCGAGUUGAUAAGCCGGCUUCUGCAAAUGCGCUAGUGAAAGAGUACAAUUCGGCUGAACACAGCGCGCAGAUAUUAAGCGGCGAGCUUGAGCAACAGUACUGGGAUAAAAUGAUGCGCGAUCGAGAGGAUAAACUCAACAAACGAGUCAAAACAGAAAGAGUGCGAGGACGAACUAAGUUAAUCCGGAAGAUUAACAACCACAUUAAGUUUGACGACGAUGAUGAUUAG